CAGUUAGAAGCUUUUCCGCCAUCAGUUCCUUUCUCUCACAGAUACAUUUGUCACACAGAUUUGGUGCACAAGCAAAAGUAAAAGAAUGCUGCAUUUCCCAGUAGUACCGGGACAGUUUGGUCCGGAGGCUCGGGAGCUGGGUCUCAAAGGCUGGAGGGUGGAGAAGAUGAAGGCCGUUUCAUUGGACCCCUCGGACCUGGGGGCUUUCUUUACCGGGGAUUCCUACCUGAUUCUGAGUAACCGUGGAGACGAAGGAGCUGACCUACACAUGUGGAUCGGUGAGAAGUCCUCUCGAGACGAGCAGGUGGCCUGUGCCAUGUUGGCCACACAGCUGGAUCACUUCCUGCGCACAGACCCCGUGCAUCACCGACAGGUGCAGGGCUAUGAGUCCCCUGAGUUUAUGAGCCUCUUCCCCAGGGGAGUCAGCUAUAAGGAGGGUGGUGUGGAGUCAGGGUUUAGGAAGGUUCAGUCUGGUUCUGCUCCAAUCCACCGGUUAUACCAGGUCAAAGGCAAAAGAAACAUCCGAGCCAGGGAGGUAGAACUCAGCUGGAAGAGUUUCAACAAGGGCGACUGUUUCAUACUGGACCUGGGAGAGACAAUAUUGUCCUGGGUCGGUUCCAAGGCCAAUAUGUUUGAGAAACAGAAGGCACGGGAGAUUUCCAUGCUUAUUCGGGACGCGGACAAACAUGGCAAGGCCCGCAUCUUUGACGUGAGCGAGGGAGAAGAGACGCCCGAGAUGCUUCAGGUUCUGGGCCCUAUGCCAGAAUUGAAAGAGAGCAUCCCAGAGGAGGACACCCAAGCUGAUGUCUCUAAUUGUGCCUCUUUAUUCAAGGUGUCUGAUGCCACGGGCAGAAUGACUCUGACCAAAGUGUCAGAGAAGAGUCCGUUUGGGAAGGACCUCUUGGUCCGGGAUGACUGCUUUAUCCUGGACAACGGGGCUAACGGCCAGAUCUUUGUGUGGAAAGGGAGCGGAGCCAAUCCAGAGGAGAAGAAAGAGGCACUAAAGAUGGCAGAAAACUUUAUCGAGCAGAUGAACUACCCCAGAAUGAAGACACAGGUGAAGAUUUUCCCCCAAGGACGAGAGACAAUGAUAUUCAAGCAGUUCUUCAAAGACUGGGACUAACCUUACUUCAGAGGUCAAGAUUACUCAAUGGCUGACCUGGAGACAUUGUAUGUCUACCUCAACAAACAGCAUACUUUGCAUACUGUAAUCCUAAGGUUUAUCAUUGUAAAAUCUAAUUAAAGUAAUAAAAUGCAAGUAAAAUGGUCACUUUCCACAUUACUGCAAGUGCCACUGCAAGUAAUAAUAAUAAUAAUAAUAAUAAUAAUAAUAAUAAGACACCAGAAAAAAAGUUGCUGGUUUCAUACAAUAUUUUGCAAUGUAAUACUCAUACCUUCGAGAACUGAUUAAGAAUGGCCUCCAGAGUUUAGUAGUUCAACAUAGUGCAACAAAUUAGUCUGUUUUGACAGGUGACAACAUGCACGAAUCAAACACUGUAAGUCUCCCUGGAUAUAGGCAUGUGUGUAAAUAAACAGUCUUACGUAAUGGAAUGAUAACGUAGGGAAGAGAUGGCUGGUAUAUAAAACUGGGUAUCAUCCAGUUAGCCAACUAUGCAUAGAUAAUGGUGUUGAGACAAAUAUAAGAUUUAUAUUAUAUUAUGACAAGGCUGGGUUCAUACAGUGGGUCAGGUAUAGAGGGAGGAUUGAUUAAAUAAGGGUGUGGUGUGUGUGUGUAUAUAAACAUAUGAACUUUAUCUGGGCAAAAGAGGGCAAGGUUGGAAAGUAAAUAUGGUAAAUAAUGGUAUUUCAACUGUAACAUACAGUAAAAUGACAUCAUAUGGUAUCAUAGCAAUGUAAGGGCAGUAAGGUACAGUGAUAUUGUUGGAUGGUGCUUUUUAAGCAUGAUGAGACACCAUCAGUAUGACACAGUGCAACUGUUUGCAAGAUUUCUUUUUCAAAUUCAAGAAAACCAUGUUAAAGCCACAUUAAAUAUAACAGCAACACUCAAUGCAGAACUCAUUGUCUUGCCUAGUCCUAACAGUAGAUACAUGCACACACAGACAUAGCAUAUCAUUGUUGUCCUGACUGUAUUGACAGUCCCGCAUUAAGAUGACGUCCUCAUGGUGAUUUGUUGGGUUAUUUUAGCAAUGCUGGCACCCUCAGUUUGACAGUCCAACAUUCACAAGAUUUUUUUUCAAAUUCAAGGAAAGCACAAAUGGAGCAAAAUACCUGUAUAAAUAUAACAGGUACAAUAAAUGUAGAGCUCAUUGUCU